GGCUCGCAGAGCGGACGGGCUUUCGCGUGACACCGUGACGUCACCGCGCAGGGGCAGACUGGUGGGAGUACGGUUGUUGUCGUCGUUGUGAGGAAGCGGCCGCUUAGUGUUCGGGUCUCUCCGGCCGUGACAGCAGCGGGCGGCGGUAACCUAACAGCACGGUCCGGGGGAUACACGGGCGCCGGGUGAGACAUGUCGCUGAUCGGAAAGCUUUUCGGUACCGGGGGGAAGGGUGGGAAAGGCCCGACCCCCCAGGAAGCGAUACAGAAACUCCGGGACACCGAGGAGAUGCUCACCAAGAAACAGGAGUUCCUGGAGAAAAAGAUCGAGCAGGAGCUGCUGACAGCCAAGAAACAUGGCACCAAGAACAAGAGGGGUGAGACUGGGGGCAACGGGAGGGGAGGGGGGUAACAAGAGGAGUGACAGGCUGACUGACUGUGCGCCCCAACAAGUGGUGAUGGUGCCAUGGGGGGAAGGUAGGGGGCAACAAGUGGUGAUGGUGCUACUUGGGGAGUGUGGGGGACAACAAGUGGUGAUGGUGCCAGGGGAGGGGGCAACAAGUGGUGAUGGUGCAACUUGGGGAGUGUGGGGGCAACAAGUGGUGAUGGUGCAACUUGGGGAGUGUGGGGGGCAACAAGUGUUGAAGGUGCCACGGGGGGAGUGUGGGGGCUACAAGUGGUGAGGGUGUCAGGGGAGGGGGCAAUAAGUUGUGAUGGGGCUACAAGUAGUGAGGGUGGCAGACUGUGGUGCAACAAGUGGCGAAGGUGGAAGAUUGGGGGAGUAGAGAUGUUAAAUUUGGCGAGUGAGAACAAGUGACUUAAUAAAAUUAUGAAUUUGAAGUUCCUAGUAAACCUCCAACAAUGUUAAGUGACAUUGAAACAAAACGUAGGGACAAGAAUAAGGAUGAGACGGGGCAAACACGAGGGAUUAGACAGUGGGUGGAGAGACACAAGAGUUUGGCACAUCUAGGGGCCCAAGGAAGGUAUGAGGAUAUGGUAUAGGCAUAUGCAAUAGGGCCGAGAAUCUGGCUAACAGAGAAGAUUCAGGAAAUAAUCUCAACAACAAAAAUUACACCAAAUAUUCCAUAGUAAAGGGGUGUGGGGUAAAAAGAUAUUUAUUUUCCAUGGUUAUGUAUGACAUUUCUAAAGACAGUACAGCUCCUUAAGUACUGUCAUCCAUUGUCAUGUCUUCGCUCUAAUGUGACAGUGCUGAUUUCACCUGCGAGACUGCUCUGAGUCAGUCGUGCCAGAGGUCAAGCAGUAUUUAUAAAGCUGUCAAAUCAAAUGGUUAUUGGUAUGUUUCAAAAUACACUAGACCUAUUAUUUUUCAGUGCACAUAAUUAAUUACCCUUCAACAAAAAAAAGUACUGUAUUUACUAAAUUUUAGCAAAACCUAAUUAUUUCCCCUUAAAAGUUACUUUCAAUUAAAAUACAUAAUUUACUUAAAAAAAAGUCAGGAAUCUUGCAUCAUAACAUAUGCAGUUAGCUGAUGUGGUUAUGGUGCUUAAAGUAAUCCUUUAAGUUGGGGCCAGAGUCCACUUGUUUAGGUUUAGAUAUGCUUUGUUUCGUCAGACUUUAGAAUCAUCCUUCCCCCACCCAUGAGUUGUAGUUAGCGAAAGCAAGGGUUUGGUUUAAAAAAAACCCUCAGGACUGUAAAAAGAGACCUAGUGAAAAUCAAUGCUGGCACUGCAGACCGGGCUAUCAUAAGAUCUCUAGAGGGAGGUAGUUUUAGUUUAUUUAAUCAUAGUAGGACAUGCGUCUUUUGCUUUGACUUGUUCUCAAAUAUCACUUUCUUAGAGCUGCAUUUCCUGCUUCUGAUUACAAGCACCAGAAUGCGCUUGGCUUGUAUAGGACACAAUGCUUGAUAGUAUGAAGAGUUCUCACAAUCUCAGUGUGUUUAUUCUGUAAAUUUAUUGGCAAGUAGUACAGUCAUUGACAGCAUGAGCAUCUUGCGUCUGAGUUGUCAUGUUUUCAUUAUUUAUUUUUAAUAGUAAUGUUUGCAUUAAAAUUUCUACAAACAUAUUCAUUUCCCUGCUGCUUUUUGUGUGUCUUUUUUGGUUGCUGGUAUAGAUGGUACUAUAUUAUUUUGUCUGGUUUUUAAGUACAUCUUGUCUUUUUAGGAAAGGGUUUUGUUCUUUGCUUUGAAAAUACUUUUUGUAUGUUAUAAGUACAGAUGGUAAGGCAGACUGACUUGGAUGCAUGACAUUUAAAACAUUUUUAUAUAUAGUAACUUUUCAGCCAAUUUAUUUAAAGCAACUCUGUCACCUUCUAGUAUCUUUGCAUAUUUUACAAAGACCCUUGAUUUUCACAUUGCUCAUUAUGUUUCUGGGGAUGCAGCGGGAAGGUAGAUUUUGCUUAUAUGAAGCUGUGUAUUUACAAUAAAAAUAUAAAUAAAAUCUACUUCUCCAAAGCUGUAUCUUGCGGCUGCUGCCAUCUCUCUUCAGGGGGAUUGUCUUCAGGUUUUGUCGCCCAAGUCAGUGCUGUACUCUCUCUUAUGUGUAAUUACACACAGGGGACUCAUGCAGGCUCCAGGAGGCUAUUAGCAGAGCAGUAGAUAAGAGCAUUCUAGAUUAAGCAAACUCUGCAAUAAGGGAACCUAAAAUAUCUCGGUUCUUUUUCAGGAAGCAUUUAGGAAGGCUGUGCAGGUCACAUGCAGCUAUGGCUGUAUAAAAAAAAAAAAAAAAAAGUGAUUUCCUAAACUGCAGAAAGUUGAACUGUGAAACUUCAGGGGCAUGAUCUAUACACCACAACUGCUUCAUUAAGCUAAAGUUGUUUUGGUGUAUCCCUUUGAAAGGAACACUAAAGCGUUAGAAAUACAAUCAUGUAAGUAUAAAGUAAAAAAUGUAGUUUUUCUUCGCUUUCAUCCCAUCCAGAGGUGGACUUUAACCCUGAAAUAUAAACAUUGCAGGGUUAAACAGGCAGAGGUACUGCACCCAAACUACUGUUCACGUUGCAUGUAGUGUCCCUUUUAAGACUUGCAAUUUUAAACCAUUGUUACCAAACCGUUGUUGGUAUCUCUUGGCAAUGCCAUACCGUGGCGGGGGGGAGAGGUGUAGUAGCUGUUUAUAUGUCUUUACUUUUGAGUCCAGCUAGAGCUUUACAAAACUCUUGAGGUCAGCCAGCUAUACCACAUUGUUCUUAAUCCCAGCAAUUACGUUGCUUUAAAAAUACCCAUGUUCAGCAAUUCGUACCAGACAGUUUAGAACAUUGCUAACAAUGAAGAAUAGCUGUGCAGAUUAUUGGGAAAGAACUGCUUUACUUUUGGUGACAGAACUGCUUCUCUCAUCUCCAUAACCACUAUUCAAAUGCUUACUGGGGUGAGUAUAAGUAGUGUAGUGGAAGUAAAUUUAAAGAAAACACACUUACUACUCCAGCAAUUCCACAUUUAGGACAUUAUCUCUCCAUGAUGUUUGGGCACACCUAUACAUGCUAGGUCAUCUACAGAGAAAUAGUCUACAAGCUCAUGUUCGUCCUGACUUUCUUUCCUUGGGCAUGUGGCACUGUUACAUUUAUUUACAUGUUAUGCCUUGGCAGUGCCAGGACAGCCAGGCAUACAGUAUAAAAAUAAAAUUGGAAUAUUUAAAGCAUUAAGAAGCACUACCUAUAGUUAACUCUUAUUGAGUUGUGCAAAAAAAAAAAACUCACUAGUUAUAGAUUUGCAUUUAGCAUACUAUAUUUCUUGUUGCAUAACAUUCCAUAAAAUAGACAUGCGUAAAUAAUAAAACAUUUUAAAAAGAUCCUAACAUCUGACUUUUGUGCAACAUGAAAGCUGCUGUUUGUGUGCUGAACCAGAGCAGAAUAUGGAUUAGCCUAUUUUUGUUGAAAUGCUUCAGUUUGAACUAUGUUUGUUUUGUAAAGUACUCUUAUUUUAUUUGCCCUUCUGACAUUUCAUUCAGGACCACAUAAACUAAAUAUGCUUGAUUUAUUCUUAAAGCGGAUCUGUCACCAUCUAGAUUCUUUGCAAAGACCCAUUGAUGCUAACUUUGCUGCCGGGUGUCCGGUUGCCGCGGGGUGCAGGGGAAGGUAAGUUAUACUUACCUGAACCUGUCCCUCAUGCCAUGGUCUUCCUGCCGGUCUCUUUAAACUCCUAGCACUUCAUCUGCCAGGAGCCCAUAUAAAUGUUGUACUCGCGUAUGUGUGAGAGUAUAACACUGAUGUCUAUGUAGAAUCCUGGGGGUUUGACAAAGCUUGACAAAAGGUAGCACUGCCUUGACAAGUUUUGUCAAGUAUAGGAAAAUUACGAAGACAAAGUAGUGCCAACUUUCUCUUAGUAUAUUGUUUGACUGCUUUGGGAUUUCAGUGAAAUCCCAACACAAUCAAUGCGACUAUUUCAUAACGAUCUUAUCUUUUAUGAAAUACCCAUUUUGGAGGUUUAGGUGAGUCACCAUACUACUUUUAGAGCAGCACUUCAGGUUAACACUUUAUAAAAGUGCUAAUUUCAACAUAAAUCCGCUCUUUUAUAAAACGGCAAAGUUUCACCCUGCCAGUUGUCAGACACCUGUGAGGAUGCUCUUAUAUUUUGUUAGAGAUUUAACGCUUUUCUAUGAGAGGGAUUGCAGGUGCCGUGCAUGAGGGCAUAUACUCAAACACUUAAGAAUUUUAAAUAAAUGUAUUUAUAAUGCUUGAGGAUUCCAUUAAUGUGGCAUAAAAAUGUUCAUUGCAGUAGUUGGAAUUCUUCACAAUUCAAAUGUGUGAGUUUCCCCCCUCCUCCACCCCUCUGUAUGUACCAAGCCAUGCUUUGUGUGUUGCAAUAUUCUGUUUAUAUCUUGCCACAUUGUUUGUGUAAGAAUGGAGGUAAUAACAAAUACUGCCAACAGUCUCUUGGACUGUGGUAUUUUGUGUUCCUGCUGAACGGUGACAAAACAGCAAUGCACAUUUAAAAUUAUACUUUGAAAUUGUAUUAUUUGAAUGUACAGUACUUUAAAAUCUUAUUAUAUAGAUCUGUAGUUCUUAACCUCUGCGUCGUAACAUAAAAUUGUUAUACAUCACAUAACAAUUGAAAAAUGGGUCACUUAGAUCAUUUUACAAUUGAAGAAUAGGACGCCAAGGUAAUGCCCUGUGCGUUAGAAUCACUGAUAAAGAUAAUGCAUUCAAAAUGGACAAAGGAAUAAAUACAUUCAAGAUUAUUGCUACUUUAGCUAAUACAAUGCAAGCAGAAGGAGCAAGCAGAGGUGGGGGUAUUCAUUUUCCAUGACACCUGGGACAUGUAAUUCCAGGUGCCAAAAAAGCUGUUUUUUUUGUUUUGUUUUUCUUGUCUACCUUUAACUACUAUAAGGGAUAUGUGUGAUCAGGGACAGGGCAGAUAUCCUGUAUUCUGCACCUUUUAUGGUUGCAGAUCACACUAAUCACUCCCUCGUGGUCCAGAGCUCACUAACGAGUCAGGCCGCAACCGGCAGUAUUCCCAGUCUGCACUCAGUGAGUACUGUGUGGGGCAUCACAUGCUUCCCACUGGACCACAAGGAAAUUUAACCCUUCUAGAUCACCAUGUAUCAUAUAGCCCACUACCUACAGAAAGCUGUGGGUGGUGUCAAAACAAAGAACACUCUCUCAUUGUACACAGCCAUGGCACACACAUUACACCAGGACGUGACAAAUCCCAGACGCCAGGUCAUCAUGGCGACUGGACAUUUUGUCUUGGCGUCCGGGUGUUUGCCUGAGGGUGAUUAGAGGCGGUCGUUUUGGGGGCAGUGUGGAGCUGCGCGGUGUGGGAGCAAAAAUCUUCCUGCUGUUUGUGCUCUGCUCCCUCGCUCUGCUGUGAUGUUGGAAUAUGACGUAAUUCCAACCCCACAUUGCUAAACACCCCGAGAGGGAGCAGAGCAAGAAGAGCUUGAAGAUUACACAAGCCCCACUGGACCCAGGGGAAAUAAUCCACUUAGUUUCUCCCAAAGGUAGGGAGGCUCGAUGGACAUAUUUGUGAGUGUGUCUCUGCCUCCAUGGCUGAGAUCAAUCUUUAAUAUCUCGGGCGAGCCAGUGCUUUCCUACACAAAGCAUUGGGAGGCUAUUGCGCAUGUGCGACAAAAGGUAGUGCCUCUAUGUAGAGUGUGGAGACACUGAAUGUAGUUACUGCCUACUGUGCAGCACUGAGAUAGGAAGCACAUUUAGUGACUGCCACAAGAGGUGUUAGUAGACCAUAAUGUAAACACUGUUUACACUGUUUUUACAAUGAAAUGUCACCAGGGACAGGCUCUAGCAGCUAUCUAAGGAGUUGUCAGUGGAUGUAUCCCUAGCCUGUAAUGUAAACCCUGCAUUUUCUCAGAAAAAAACCGUUUUUGAUGCAAAAAGCCUGAAGGGAAUGAUUAUUCUCACCAGAACAAAUACAAUAAGCUGUAGUUGUUAUGGUGACUAUAGUGUCCCUUUAAGUCUGAAUGAAACUAAAACUGAGUUGGAGAAUUUUUUCUAGAUCCGUUUUUUUAUUGCCGUUUUCCAAUUUGGAUUUAAUUCAGAGUUUAGUAAAUAAUUCUGUCUGUGUAAAAUGCUCUAGACAGGGGCCCAAUCUGAAAUUAUUUUGUGUAUCAGGGCAAGUAGCUCAUCAUUAUAGACAAGUAGAUUGGGCUACCGCUUUAGUCCCUUGGACAAGAAGAAUUUUGUAAAUUUCCACACCUCCAGGGCUCCUACCAGACCAGGAAGAGGAUCCGACAAGAACCUUUCAUUCUGUUCAAUGGGCACAUCUUAUCCAUAAAUCACUGUCUAUCGGGAGUUAAUGACAGAAGUAAUUUAGCCUCCAGUCUCUGUUCCUUUUGAAUAUGAUUGUAACAGUUGGAUAAGCAAAUGGCAGCCAUAUUGCAGCUGCCACAACACAAUUCACAACACGAUUCUGCGUGUCCCUGACAGCUGACCAUACAUGCAUGCCAUUCUUACUCCGGUGGGGUAGGUAAAUGAGCAGGUUGCUCCUGUCCAGUACCAAAUAUAUCAAAGGAUGAAGUAUAAUUCCUUUAAUGUUACGGAUCCCAGGGUUAGUUUGCUGAAUUUACAAAGCCACACUGUGCAAGAAGACAGAGGUCAGGAAAUGUAACGCGCUAUAAUUUUUGCAUUGAACGUUGGCUGUUAUGGUAGUAAGAGUACUCUGUAAUCCAACAGCAGUAAUCUUUUCCAAGUGGGCACACCAUUACCUCUGCGAUGAGCUACUUGGGGGUUGUCAGUGCACUGACCUUGAAAAGUGAUGCUGGUUAUUUAAAAUUUUAAAGUUCUCUAGUUCACAGAAUGUAUAUGGUAAUUACUUUUUUAUCUAGCUGUUAAAUGCAUUCCUUAUUCAAGAUCUGUCAAAAUCCAUAUUUUUACUCUUUCAAAAUAUGCAUAACAUUUUCACUGCAUAACACAUUUGUGGUUUUUGAGUUUUGUCUUGAGUCACAGAGAAGCUAGUUUCUAUUCAUUCAGUUAAUUCUGUUGAUGUGAGGAGUGUUUAUCCCAUAUUACUAAAUACUGUAAGCCACUGCAUUGUGCCUGAUUAAUUGUGAAGGCUAACAGGUGCAGUAAGGAAAUUUAUGGUAGGGCUUGUACUGCCUGGAGAUUAUCUGUAUAGAAAACGUCAGGAAGGGCCGUUGUUAAGCAAAUGUUAGGUCACUGGGAGGAGACAUCUCCUUGCAAUUAUUGCUCAUGCCAUGUGACUUGCAUCUCAACGUGCAGACUCCACAUGGGGGGGAAAAAAACUUUUUUCAUUUAUGUUGGUGUUGCGGCUAUUAUUUUUAUUUUAUUUUUUAGAAUGUUUGAGAUAAUUGGAAGCAGAACUUGGAGAUUUGCACCCACAUUUUGAAUGGAAUACUGGCCCUCCCAAUAGGCUUUGUCCUCUCAUGUACCAGACAGAUUAUACCUUAACAUUGGAGGGAAAUGGCCAGGCUUAUAGCUGCAGCUAUUUUUUCAAAUUGCAACUAAUACAAGCAUCCGUGUGCAAAGCGACAAUCAGGGGUCCUCUUUGUACUAUGUGCUGUGCAGUGAGUAUAUGUAGUUCUGAUUCUUGUACUGUACAUUAAACAGUCUCCCCAGGGUAUAUCACUAUAUGUUUACAGAAUAUAGACUUAGGGAUUUAGGAAGAGCGCAGGUAACUUUUUUUUUUUUUUUUACUGUAUGUAUUUGGGCUGUUGUGUACUAUGGUCAUUGAGCGCAGGACUUGUUUUUUGUGUAUUUGUAUUCUGUAACCUUCAAAGGAAUUCUCCAGUGCCAGUAAAACAAACCAGUUUUCCUGGCACUGUAGAAUCCUGGAGUGCCCCCUCCCUCCUGCCCCCUAUCCCAUGUCGCUGAAGGGGUCAAAACUCGUUCAGCCACUUACCUGAAUCCAGUGCCGAUGUCCCUCAGCGCUGGGUCAGGCUCCGCCAAUGCUUCUCGCGCGCAUUAGACCUCCCCAUAGGAAAGCAUUAUUCAAUGCUUUCUUAUGGGGAUUCCGCUGACGCUGGAGGUUCUCAAGUCAGUCGUCUAAGAAGCCGGAAGUUCCUCUAGUGGCUGUCUAAUAGACAGCCACAAGAGGGACUAAUAGACAGCCACUAAGGAGGACUUAACCCUGCAAGGUAAUUAUUACAGUUUUAUAAAAACUGCAAUACUUACACUUGCAGGGUUAAGAGUGAUGGGAGUUGGCACCUAGACCACUUCAAUGGGCUGAAAUGGUCCUGGUGCCUACAGUGUCCCUUUAACAUUUUGUGCUUAACAAUGAGAUAGAUACCCCUCACAGUAUACUUUGCAAAUAUAAUUAUUGCUCCAUAAGGGUAUGCUUGUACUGACCAGUUUGUUUUUGUCCAUAGCUGCACUACAGGCACUUAAACGCAAGAAGAGAUAUGAAAAACAAUUGGCGCAGAUUGACGGGACUUUGUCUACCAUUGAAUUCCAACGGGAAGCCUUAGAAAAUGCCAACACAAACACAGAAGUUCUUAAAAACAUGGGCUUUGCAGCCAAGGCAAUGAAAGCCGCUCAUGAUAACAUGUAAGUAAGAUCUGGAGUUGUAUGCGUGAAUGUGAAGAUGGAUACAAUGAUGAUUGAAAUAGUUUUAUUUUUUUUAAUAAUACAAUCAGUUUUCAACACAAUACUUUUGGAGGAAAAAUCGAUCUAAAGAUAGUUUUUUAUUUCAGAUGAAUUAUAGUCCAAAAGGUUAUGGAGUAUGAAAUAGUGAUUAGUUAUGUAGCAUGAGGCUGCAUUUUAGUGCAGUAUUUACAUUUUUGGUAAAUCACUUCCAUGAAUUCUAGUUAAUUAAAACUGAGUCUGUAGAGAGAACAUGCACAUAUUCACAGUGAAAAUGUUAUGAAAUAUACAGUGUUCAGAAAAAGACCUUAAUCUCGUUAAUUUGUAAAUCUGUUUAAACACACAAACAUGUUACCUUAAAGGGUUACUACAAGCACAGUCACCACUUUAGUGAUUUAAGGUGGUUGUGAUACUUGGAGUCUAAAUGCAGAGCUUUUCAAUAGGAAACAUGCACCUACAUAGAUAUUUUACAUUGCUGUCAAAGGUGUAACUUCACAUCCGUCAGCAUCAUUAGCUAACCUGGAACAUGUGUUCCCGGCCGGUUAAUGUGAAUUCUGUGCACAAAGGUUUAUUCAGUACUGACUCUCCCUUCCAAUGAGUGACCAGCAGAAGCCAGAUGCGCAUAACCCAGCAUCAGUGAAGGUUGUCGUCCUCCAACGGGGACCCAGGUAAAAGGGCAAACCAUUGUAGUUUAAGCGUUUGAAAGAUAAUUUGUUUAACUAGUUCAGAUGUCAGAGAUGCUAAUGGCGGACUUACGAUCAGCCUAACCAAAUCAUUGUAGUCAGCUGCUGAGAAUUUGUGGACACAUGGACUGAGCGCAUGAGUUUUGCGGAUACUUCCCACUGUCAGGCAUAACACAAACUGAUUGAAGGUUCUGUCUCCAUUCUGUCUUUUUUUUUUUUUUAAACGUACUGAGUAGAUGGCUAGUUUCUAUAGUGUUCCUUGUAGUAAUUGUUUGAUUGUUGGCUAGAACAAUCUUGGCAAACUUUUCUUUCUCCUGUCAAUGUUAAUUUUUAUUAUUUUAUUUUCUUACAUGCACAUACAUGCAUUAUUUUCAUUUCUUACAUUUCUCCUAUUAUUAAUAUCAUGUAUUUUCCCCACCCCCUUCUGCCAGGGAUAUUGAUAAGGUGGAUGAACUCAUGCAAGACAUUGCCGAUCAACAGGAGCUGGCACAGGAAAUUUCUGAUGCCAUUUCUAAACCAGUUGGCUUUGGAGAGGAGUUUGAUGAUGUGAGUAUCAAUUGGCACCCAUUCCAGCUUGUACUGUACAUCUUUUACUAAUGGUGGAUGCACAGAAUGCAUUUUGUUCAGGUUAUCGUUUUAUUUGAUUGUGAAAGCCAAGAUCCGAAACUUGCCAGUCAACCCGGUCAAGUUACGAGAAACUGCAUACAGCAACUGAACAAUUGAUGCAGGGUUAUCUUUAGGAGUUUAAACUGUUCAUUAAUGGUUUAACCCCGAAGUCCAGUAUACAGUGCCCAUUACUCUCCCCCUGUCCUUUAACUGCUCUGCUCAGUUUCUUGAAAGGGGAAAUCUUGAGAAAAAUACAUAUGUUUCAGUACAAGUGAAUGGGGAACCAAUCAGCAGCACCCUUGUCCCAAAUUCCUCUUUCAAGAAUCUGAGCAGCAGCAGGACUGGGGCAGAGCGAUUGGGUGAUGAAUACUGGAUGAUUUAACCCCUCUUAAAAGGUAAGAUGGCCCCAGGGACUUCUUGGCACCAUAACCAUUAGUUAGUAUGGUGCCUGUAAUACCAAACUAAAAGCUGAAUAAGCACCGUAAAGCUGUUUGGCCUUUUCUGCAUGAUGGUUGACAAGGAUAAGGGAGUGCGUCUUGACUUUAUAGCUUAAUUUAAAGUCAUUUUUCAUUACCUUUUAAAUGUAUGAACAUGUAAUUUUAACAUGUGUGUCACUUCUAAAGCUAAGCUUUCAUUUCCCUCCCAUCAUUAAAUGAGUUUAACUUGGUUGCCUUUACUUAAAGGGACACUCCACUGUCAUGUAUUCUGAUUGCUAAUAUUUAAAAAAGAACACAAAAUGCACACAGACCACUUCAUCUCAUUGUCUUUUGAACCCUACAAAUGAAAACAUUGCAUUGUUUUGCAAGUACAAGAAUGUUUCCAUUGCAAGGUUAACCCUCUUCUUGACAGCCUCUAGAAUUGCCAACUCUGCUAUAGAUUAAAUGUCUCUCAUUAAAAGCAUUUGAUUGGUGCAGCGUAAAGUUUUGCCGCGUAGGUGCACUAGAUUCUCAAUGCUUUCCUGUGGGGCUAACAUUUGAUUGGGUGAGUUCAUCACUCAUCAUUAUUUCAGCAAGGGAGGCAGGGUGACUUUGACAAGACCAGUGCGGCAAGGGUAUUAAAAAGUAAAAUUACCAUUUUUUUAUUUUUUUAAUUUUUGCAGUGCAUUAGAUAACAUACACGCUUAAGGUACCCCAAAGGCAAUCCUCAGGCAUAGUAUAAUGCAUUACAUUUGGGGAUUAGAGAAGGCAUGCACAGUUUUAUAAUCGAAAAUAACAAGAUUUAACAAUAGAUUCAGGUUAGAUAUAGAAUAAUAAAACAAGCAGUUGAAGUUUGUCAGUGGCAAGAUAUCAGAAGUGUUUUCAUAACCGGUUACUUAAACUGAUGGCUGGUCUGAAUAAAAGUUGCUAUCAUGCUUGAGAAAUUGGUGACAUGCUGCUAUUUUAGGUUAUAUUAAGCUCGUUUAGCAUAUGGGCUUUCAAUAACAACGAUAAGGCAUAAAAUAAACAGGCAGUUCUUACAAUAUUGACCUUAUAAGAGUAGUAGGAGGUUUAGUUGAGCAAUUAGAUAUAGUGGAACUACUUCUUAACAGACUUGCGUCUGGGCCUUUCACUGGUACACAUGCACUGCCUGCGAGCCUGUCUUAUGCUGGGGUUGAGGCGUCACCCUACCCCCACUAUCGGCAGGCCUAGUGUGAAGUACGGCAGUCCAUAGGGGGGGUUGCGGCUUGGCAAAGUCAGGUCAGGGCAUCCACCCUUCUUCGGACUUGGGUAUAUGUCGGUGGCUCUAGCUUGCGUUCUCGAGGGCUGAGAAUCCGGGUCUGUGUAGCCCGUGAAUGCUGUUACCGGUGCAGAUGGCUUGCAGAUCUGCCCUGAGACAAUAGCUCUCCGCCUGUGUUGUAACGUGGUCUCCCGCCGCCGCUGGAGUUGAAGUGUGGCUCUAUGCCGUUUCAGCUUGGUUCAACCCUCUUCCUUCUUGGAAGUUGGUAGGGGUCGAGCCCCUGUUGUUCUGCGGCUUGAGUUUGUGUGUUAGGAGAGGGGCAGAAUGCUUUCGAAGCUUGUUUCCCUUAGGUUGUCUGCCAUAGAGUAGAUUUUGUCCUCGUGCUUGAUCUGUAGGCUGCAGCGAGGUUGUCGCCAUGCGCCUUUCCAGUCGGGCCCAGAAAUCCUGGAAUAUUGGGUCCAGAUUCUGCAAGGAGCUUUCCACAGGUAUGGUACAGCAGGCAUGGGGAUGUGCUUUUUAGUUGCAGGGGCUGUCUGGAAUGGCAUCAGGACUGAGUGGAUCGGCUUGGCAGGGCCCAGGACCCCCAGUUUAGGCUGCGUGAAAUCACCCCGAUUUGGAUGCAGUGGUGGGUAAUAAUCCGUCAUAAUCGGUGAGCCAAACAGGAGCUCGACUGAUACAUGUUUUUUCAGCAUGAGGCUUAGGCUCCUCCAAAAUGACAUUUUUACUUAAUUUGGGGUGGGGGUGGGGGUGGGGAGAAAUCUUCAAUCUAACCAAUCCAGCGCUAAAGCAUGUUUGUAUUCCUAUGCUAUAGUGUUCCUACAAAAAAUAAAAUAAAAAAAACACAACCACACAGCCAUGUUUUAUUAUUAUUAAAAAAUAUGUCUACUUUUAUUAUAUGGUAGAUUUUUAGUGACCUGCAUCUACAUCCUCUCUGGUUUUACCCCUACUAUUUUAUCAUGUUCUGUCCCUGCACGUUUUAUCAUUUAAAGGAAAACUUUUCACAUGUUUUAGCUGAAUAAUAAUCUUUAGAAAAUAAAGAUAUAGCUGUGAUACAUGUGCUCUGCUUUAAACUUAUUGCCAAGAAAAAUGGACCACCUUAUCUUAUCUUGUGCCUUGGUUUAGAAAUGCUUAGUCAGAUUAAAUAUAAACUUGCUGCCAGUGUGUUCUUCCUUGUUUCUCCCAAAUUUUCUGCCAACUCGUUACUGGCAGUUUGACUGGUUGGCCUCAUGUUGCGCCACCAUCAGUAAAGCAACACAAAAAGCAAAACAAAGAUACCUGUAAAUGUAAAGAAGUCCAUUUAUACAACAUCUUAUACAACAUCUUAAGAUGUGUGCUAUGCAUAAAAGAAAACAGAUCGGUUUUAAAUGUGUCAAAAUAAAACUGUCAUGACAGCCCUGGCACCUCCUUUGUCUUGAAGGGGUUAAAGGCACAAGUCAUUUUUUGAAGUGGGUGUAAGAUUAGCACUCUUUUUAUUGCCAGUAUUUACACAACACACCUUCUGCUUGUUUUCUAUAGUAACAUGUUAACCCAGAGCUGAAUUUGCAAUCGCUUGUCACCUUCAUUCCUGUAACUACAUAAGUAGACAAUUGUAUUGGUAUUUCUGCUUGUUUAAAGAGCAAGCUUUUGUUGUGUCAAAUUUGCAUACUGUGAAGGACAUAGUGUAAUCAUUCCCUUGACUUUGUUCUGCAUACUCGCAAAUUGGUGAAUCGUGCUUUAUUCAAUGUGGUAGGCAUAGCUUCCUCGGAUUAUAACACGAGGAAAGUGAUUGGGCUUUGUUAACAUGAGAUACUAUUCUCCCACGUAGUGCUACAGCAUAACUACGUGCAUGUCACAAGAAUGACCGAAUUGCUUUGCUGUAGUAACAUUACAAUUUUGGAUAUCUGCCAUUUUGUAUGUAAAAUAGAUUUUAUGUUUAUAUCUUUCUUUAAUUUUUUUUUUAUUAAUUUAGGAUGACCUUCUGGCUGAAUUGGAGGAACUGGAACAAGAGGAUUUAGAAAAGAGUCUUCUGGAGGUUCAUGGUCCAGAGACUGUGCCUCUACCAAAUGUGCCUGCAGCAUCAUUACCAGCAAAGCCAGGUAAUAGCACUUCUAAUAUUCAGUUACCAGAGAUAGAUUCCUCAACCUGUUCUGACUCUAAACUCUUAAAGUGGAUCUGUAUUGUCUCUUGAUUUGUAAUAUUUUGUUAUCUUAUCCACAACAUUUAAUGUUUGGCCAAGACCAUCAGCUGACUCAAUCACCGCCAUCUAUUGCUGGUCAGGGUAAUGUUUCCUCAUAAGCAGGACAGAGGAGAUGGGCAGCUGAGGAUUCUCAUUUAGCAUUAGAACUAAAAACGGUUUAAAAGACCACUAUGGUGCCAGGAAAACAAACUCGUUUUCCUGGCACUAUAGUGUUAAUAGUCACCACCCUCAUGGUCCCCUCCCGCCAGGCUCUAGGGGGAGGAAGGCUUACCUUUCUCCAGCACCGGGCUCCCUUGGCGCUGGGGACUCUCCUUCCUCUUCCGCCGAAUGCGCAUUGCGCGACAAGAGCCGCGCGCACAUUCAGUCAGUCCACAGGAAAGCAUUCUCAAUGCUUUCCUAUGGACGGCAGCGUCUUCUCACUCUGAUUUUCACAGUGAGAAGCAUGGAAGCGCCUCUAGCGGCUGUCAAUGAGACAGCCACUAGUGGCCGGAUUAACCCUAAUGUAAACAUAGCAGUUUCUCUGAAACUGCUAUGUUUACAGAAGGCAGGGUUAACCCUAGAUGGACCUGGCACCCAGACCACUUCAUUGAGCUGAAGUGGUCUGGGUGCCUAUAGUGGUCUUUAAUACUGAGAUUCAUGGCCCGAGUCACAGCAAAAUAGAAAAAAAAGACUUUGCUGUGUUUUAAAUAUCCUCAUAAGGUGCAAACUUGCUUUUUAGAUGGCUUUCACUCUGUAUUGCCACAAGCCUGCCUUAACAGAAGAAUGGAAACAACAUUCAAUUAUUUAAAAUCUAUUGCUUUAAAUCCCACACUGCCGUAUUCCAGCAAGAGUGCUUCGACCAUCAAAAAGCUUUAUACAUUAAAAAAUAAAUUUAGAUGUCAGAAAUUAAUAUUUAAAGGUUGUUUCUUUCACAGUGGUUCAAAAGAUGUGUGUUGGAAUCUUAAGUUGUAAGAUCAGAAGAUUAGUGUUUGCCUUUAACCAUUUUCUUUAACUUUUUUUUUUUUUAGUCAAGAAAAAGCAAGAGGAGGAUGACGACGAUAUGAGAGAACUAGAGAGCUGGGCUUCAGCGAUUUAGAUUUUUCAAAUGCCCUAGAACGUCGCCCGGGUGGAAAGACUUUGUUUAACAGUUGGAGCGGGUGUACAUAUGAUUUGUCAGGGAAGAUCGGAGAGGAGGAAAGCGGUCAGAAACGCAACUUGAAAUGUUUAUCUCUUUGCCCUUCUUUACUUUCUCUGCCCUAAGCUUGGCAUUGGGCAUUCAAUAAAGCAAACCGAAAGUGACUUGACUUGGAGAAAUCGAAAUCUCAGCUUCACUUUAAACCCAUAGUCAAAACUGUAAGUGCAGGGCUUCACCAACCCUCUUCCGCCAACUUCAAGCGGUACGUCGAGUGGCCGGCAUCAAGGAAAUCCUGGAUUGUUCAUUUUGUGUUGCUGCUUUGCCACACUCGCCAGCAUUUACAAUAAACAUCAAAUCUGCAAAAUAGCCACAUGCCAUCCACACUCAUUUGUUUGAGAAUUUUGAGUUUUUAUUCUUGUGUAUGGAGGCCUUGUAUUCUUAAAUUAAAGACUCUAGCUUGUCACGGAUUCUGUUUUCACUGGGGCAUCACAUCACAGAGUAUUAUUGUGUGACAGGCCAUGCCUCCAUCUUUUCCAUCAUGCGCAAGAUAUUGUGCUGGAUAAGCCACGUUUCUCUUCAACCAAUAUGGAGGAUAUUUAGGACAGGAAGGAAGAAGUCCAAAAGGCAAAAUAUGUUCAGGGAGGUGGUAGAAAUCCUACACACACGUUACCAUGUAUACUCUGUCUAAUGUGUUCUGUAAUCUACAUCAGUGCUUAAUAAACCUGUUGCUUUUCUUAUACCCCAAAUAGCAGAUAUAAGUAUCUCUAAUCUCAAUUUUCCUUCACAUCAGGAUUCUAAUAUUUAAACGUUUCCCAUCGAAGACCAUCCUAUGAAACUAAAUUUACCAUAGUAUCCCUUGGCUUUGGCACAAUUGGCCUGUGCUAGUUGAGAAUCUGAAUUGGAUGGUGAUGAAUAAUGCAUCUUGCUGUAGGAGUAAAACAAUUUUUUAUUUAAUGUGAGCAUAAUCCUAUAUUAAAAUGCAUUUAGCCAUAUUUUUGUAGUGUGUAACAUUUAUACUGUGCUAUCUGUUUUAUAGCUGGACACUUAAAUAUAAAAUUAAUUUGAAUGUGUUUAAAUUAUUAUAAAAACUCACAUUAAUUUUUGUCUACCCAGUGUAACAUGAAAGAACUUGUGAUGUGUAAUUGCAUAGCGUUAUCUUGGUUCACAAGUCGAGCGAGGCCCCUUCUUGAAAUUUUGUUUACAUGGACUCGUACUCAUCAGAUACAUAUAAAACCGACCUAGGACUGUGUUAUUCUGCUAGGAUUUCUGUGCAAGGUCAUUUCCAAGACUGUAUAUUUAUUAACCACAAAAACUAUCGUUGCGUGCACAUCUAGGGUUGCUGUAGUUCUGCUGCUACCAGUAGAGGGCGUAAUAAUUAUACUGUAUUCUCGUUUACAAGUGUCUAGAAGAUGUUUUUUUUUCUUUCCUUUUACGAUCAUUGAAUCACCCACGUCCAAACCUCAUUCCUAAGGAAAAAUAAUUAUUGCAAUUGAGCAGUAAUUUUACUUAGAUGUAAAAUAAAAUUGCAGUGAUACUUUCAAAUCAGAUCUUCACGAGAGAACUCUUACUAGAAAACAGCCUUAUGUAUUGGUUUGGCCAUAAGGCGGCAGUUUACCACGGACUAGCAGCAAAUAGUUUAAUAUGGGAGAAAUAUAAUUUACUUUUAAUGUGGAAGUCACACAUUUUUGAAAUAGCAUUCUUUUCUUUUUAAAUAUCCCGUUAGCAACUUUUGCACUUUCUAAUGUACAAUCUAAAAAAAUUUUUUUUUCCCCAAUAUCUUUGUUUUGUUUAGGCAAGAUCAUUUUAACUGUUUAAACCAUAGGAUGGACUGACACUACUGUGGAAAAGAUCCCUGGAAUAACAUAUAAUAUAUAGAUAUAAUGGCUGCACAAUUUACGCUUUGUAAAUGAGUGUAUGUAUUUUGCAUACUGUAUGUCCCUGUUUAUAACAUUUCCUAUUAGUUUAAAACUGCGUUCACUCUUACUCAUGAAAAAUAAAUAUAUUUCAAAACAAUCA